CUCAGUUAAAAACGACACCGUUUAAGGCAUCAACAACGCCGCAGUAUCACUAAGCGGUGUCGUUUAGUGAAAAACCAUACCACAAUGGUUUGGAUUUUGGCGAGGCCUGGCAAGCACAACGGUGCCGUUUGGUUGAAAAAGAAACAAUGUCGCGGAAUGGAAAACGACAUUGUUUGUCAGCAUCGAUUAGUGAAAGGUGAUGCCGCGGUAUUGGUGAAACGACAUCGUUGCAUGGACAAGGUUGUAGGAUUUGGCUUUUCGCCAAGUUUCUGCAAACAGGAGCGGUUUCGAUGGCACGUGAUUUUUACGCAAAGCAGAAAGAGGAGAUCAAGGCAGUUGAGACACGUGGGAUUUCACAACGGAGCAGUUGAGGAAGCGGUUCCACCGAGCGUGAAGGCUACGAAGCAGUUUUUCGAAUAAAAGCAGUGGAGCAAGGAGAGAGAAAAGGACAAC